CAUUUACUGCUGUGGUUUUCAAGGUAAAUACUACAUUGUUGCCUAGAUGGAUACUUGGACUUUACUGAUAGCCAAUAGAUACUGAGAUUGAACAAGUGAUUCGUGCUGACUGUUUGUCUCUACGACCAAGGUUUCAUCUCAGAGGGUGUCAAGAAUCUUGCGAUCAUUCCCUUCCAAUCAACUGACAAUCUUCACCCAAAAAUGCCAGAAUCAGAAAAACAACUGCGUGGUCCUCGACCUCCAGCAAUCCACACUCAUUUUUCGAAAUCGGAGAAUCAGAAUGUAAUUGAUAACAGCACUUUGACAUCCUCAACUUCGGGAAAGCACGAAAUUCCUCGGAAAACCCGGAUGAUACAACUCAAAUGGCAAUGGCCUUCGUCCCUUGCCUGGGUACCAGCCAAUUGGUCAUGGCAGAAGAUUCGACUCGCUCUCCGAUGCGCAGUAGCCGCCUGGAUCUCUUCUGUGCUUUUUGUGAUUCCGGCUGUGCAAGUUUGGAUUGGCCAGGCUAGUUUCCUCCUGCUUAUCGCCGCCUUUCUUUCACCGCCAAUCGACCCGUUCCUGGCAGUAUUAGAGCGUGAGGUCCUCAUUUCUCUGUUCGUUGCUGCUACCUGGGCAUUCGCGUGUUUAGGCAUGUUUCUGGCUAAUCUUGCCCGGACCAAUCUGGAUACCUCUGUACCCAUUCAGAUCGCACUCUUUUCGAAUGGUCAAUACGUCGAAACCGCUCCUAGUGCGAUCCUGGCUAUCUUUAUCUUCAUCGGAACCGCUAUAUUGCUCUACAUUCGUGUCCAUCAGGGACCCGGUCCCUAUCUUUUUGCUACCCUCUUCUCAUGCAUCUGCCUAAUAACCAACCUGACUACGGCUGUCCUGGUUCCUUACCCGUACUACGUCCUCGGUCGAGCUAUAUUCAUCCCUUUAGUGUUCCACUCAAUCAUAUCCAUCUUGGCUUCUAUCAUCCUCUUUCCGGAAUCGCUGUCAAACAAUUUCACCAAGCGAGUCGCUGCGGUAUUCACACCAUUACAAAAAGCUACAACAAUUCAUCUGACAUUGCUACGAACAACGCCAGGUGGCGAUUGUGUAGAAGAGUUCAAAGGGCAUAUUGAUUCUCUUGCAGGGGUCGUAGCUCAGAGUGAAGCAGCACUAGGUCCCCUAGCGCAAGCCGCACGAUUGCUGCCGUCCGAGGUGGUUUACUCCCGGUACAGCCCGAGAGACUGGCGACCGCUGCAGGAUCUUGCAAGACGUGUCGCUGUCCGCGCGAACGGGAUGUCGAUCUACUUUACGCUUAUCGAUCCUACUCGCGAACGGUUUCCCAUCACUCCUGCGACGACAAGACCCGGGACACCUGCAGGAACAAGCCCUAGUACACCCGUUGAAAGACAUAGCGAGCCACCACACCAUCAUCAUCUCAGUAAUCUCCUUCACCGGGCGCAUUUACAUAACAGUAACCGUUUCCACCAUCGAGCUUCGUCGUCAUAUGGAAAUCGGCAUACUUCACAUGCUCCUGUCGGUGUUUUUGAGAGCCAGAGAUAUCUCGAUCUAGAGGCUCAUGUAUGGCAUGACCCCAGGACGGAAUCCCAUACAACACAAACGCACAAUCUCCUGCAAGAGUCUUGCACUCCACUUCUCGAGCAAUGCCAAUCCGCCACUGCAUGUCUUCAAUCAUGGUUUGCUGGUGCUGCAGCGAGAGACGGGACGUCCUGGAGGUUAGCCAAGGGAAUUCUCUCCUCCGCUCUACUCAGCACGGCUGCCCAAAUCGAGCGUCGAGAAAAUGCGAAACAGCUUGAAUGGGAGAAACGUGUGUCCGAAAUCCGGAUUGUUCGUGAAAAACUCGAGGAGGAAUUGAUUCGGUUCAGGACAGUCGCUAGGAUGAAUGUCGUCAAACCGUACACAGAUGCUCUUGACCCAGUGGACAGUCCUAUUAGUGCGGAAGACUCGAACCAUUGGAAUUACGAGUACAAUCAGCUGCCGUCCCAUCGAUACUUGUUCAACUGCUAUGUGUACCAAUACCACCUCAUGAGGUUUGCCGAUAUGCUUGGAGAACUCCUCGAUCACGUAAUUCGCUUGGAAACCCGGCCUGAACGUCGUCAUCGGCGUGUUUGGACACCAAAAUUCCAUAAUCUCGCAAGUGUUACUGUGUUCUUGGAGUGGAUCAAGAGUGUCUGGACGGAUAACGAUAACGUCGGUCGCAGUGCGAGCUCUGGUGCCGAAGGAGAAGAAGGGGAAGAGGAGGAUCCGGAUCGGGUGCAGCAUGUCGAUCGUGACAGGAGGAGAGAUGUUGAAUUGGACGAACUCUCAGACGAAACGAGGGUUGGGAAUGGCGUUGUAGGCGAUGAAGAAGAUAAUAUGUAUGGUAUGGGAUUACCGUACCCCAAACGAAGAGACCCAGAUGCGCUUCCUCCGAGUAACGUAGGGGAACUCAUGGGUAGAUGGAUAUACAAGCGCAUAGUGGGCCUGACGACUGGGAACGCUUUGUAUGCUGUGAAAGCGGGAGUCCUGACGACGCUCAUGUGUAUUCCGUUCUUCAUUCCUGGAUCAGCGCAAUUUGCUUACGACAAUCGAUUCCUGUGGGGAAUUGUCAUGGCACAACUGACAUCUGCACGAUUUCGCGGGGACACUACGUUUGGGUUCCUCACGCGAAUCUUUAGUACCUUCCUCGGCGGCGGUGUGGGUCUAUGUAUGUGGUAUAUAUGUGCGCCGACAAAGGGGCAUCAAGCGUCUCCGUACGCACUUGGAGCCAUUUUCGCAGUGUGUUUUCCGUUUUUCUUUUACAUCAGACUGUACAUACCGGGCCCUCCGAUGAGGAUCUUGAUUUUCUUUGUGACAACGGUUUUGGUUAUCGGAUACUCGUAUCAAGAUCAAUUCCAAGCAUUGCCGUCGAGUCCGGGAGUAGGAUGGAGUGUGGCCUGGCGCCGAUUCUUGCUAGUUGCAUGCGGUGUCUUUGCAGCGUUCAUAUUUUCCUUUUUCCCUCCCGCAUUCACCCUUAGAAGAUACCAACGCACCGCCCUCGCCACAACAUGUGCAGAACUUGGUGUUAUUUACUGCGCUGUCCUGUCAUUACCGUAUUCGAGUAGCUUGGGCCAAGGAGGCGGCAACACAAACGACACCAACAAUGGUGACCUCGGCAAACAGACGCUUGGGCACAGCGAAGAGACUCACGCAAUCGUGGCGAGGUUAAUAGCAAUUCGGAGUAAGUUGGGGAGAUUGAAAACUGGGAAGGUGAAUGUCAAAUACGAGAUUUCCUUGAGAGGAAAAUGGCCCGAGGAGCGAUAUCAUACACUGUUUGAUUUGCAGAUGCAAAUUUCGUACUCCCUCUCUCACCUCCUUUCCGUCAUUGAACAUCUCGAACCAGCAUGGACCCGCGCCCUGCUCAGUCGAACAAGGUUUACAGACCCGAAUUUUCAAGGAGACGUCUUGGCAGUUAUUAGUAUGAUAUCCACAUCACUUCGUACAGGCUCACCACUCCCUCAAAUCACACCAUGCCCGCUCGUCGACAGAUUCAUGCUCAAAUAUCAUGGGCUGAAUGUAAUUCAUAAAGAAGCAGAGGAAGAUUAUGGCCUUCCGAGAACGUUGACGAGGGAAACGUUGGAGAAUGAGCAGUACUUGAUGUUUUGCGUUGGUGUUUCCACAGCAUUCGGGAUUGUGAGUCGACUGGAUAGGCUUAUGGUUGCUGCAAAGGAGAUUGUUGGGGAACAGUAUCAUAUACAGGGCAUUGGCUUUGGGGGAUUCGGAUCGGUGACAACAAGAAGAGAGGGUGUACCGUUAGGAAGCAGGACGAGUACAAGGAUGUAAUGUUAUUCCAUUAGCACAACCAACACAAUUGUAGUCUACAUGGUCAUAGAAAAGCCGAUAUGAACAGUGCCUGAAUAGAUUCGAAGAGCGGGCGUCUUCGUGUGACC